CUCCACAGAGGGGUCUGCGUUCGUUCAAACUUAGACUCUAGAAGUCACCGGAAAGUCUACUUGUGUAGUGUUUUCUAGCCGGUUUUCCGGCUGAAAUCACCAUGGAUGACGCUGAUUUUAUACCGUUUCCGGGGAAUCUUGAUCCCAGAGCUCAAGAAUUCUUCCCGAGAAAUCCGUACACUUACCCUUUAGCUCCGGUGCAAUUCUACUACCCUUACCAUCCUCCUCCGCCGCCGCCGCCGCAGUACGGCGAAGUUGUGGCGCUGCCGGCGCCGUGUCUGCCGCCGCAGAGCUCGAUUCCGACGCGGACGCUGCUGGUGAGCAUGGUGCCGUCCGACGCGAGCGAGUCGCUGGUGCGGCGGGAGCUGGAGGUGUUCGGCGACGUGAGGGCCGUUCAGAUGGAGAGGGUUAGGGACGGGAUCGUGACCGUCCAUUUCUAUGAUCUCCGCCACGCCCAGACGGCGGCGGCGGAGAUUCAAGACCAGCACAUGCAGCAGCAGUUCCGUCUCCGCCGCCAUUUCGAAUCCGGCGCCGCCGGCGUGUCUUUACCCCCGCCGCUUCCCGCUCCGGCGCCCGGACUCAUCUCCGGCCGGGCCGUGUGGGCCCAGUUCAUAAUCCCGGUCACGUGCAGCAUCCCCGGCGGAAAUAAUCAGGGCACGCUUGUUUUACUCAAUCUCGACCCCGCCGUUUCAGCCGCUCACCUCAAAGACAUUUUUAGAGCUUUUGGCCCCGUUAAGGAAUUGAGAGAGACGCCGAUGAAACGGCACCAAAGGUUCGUGGAGUUUUAUGAUGUUAGAGACGCCGCCAAUGCGUUAGUGCAUAUGAAUCGCAAGGAAAUAAAUGGCAAGCCUGUCUUGAUCGAAUUCAGCCGCCCCGGCGGCAAUAAUAGCCGGAGAAGAUUCCCAUUUUCCUCCCCUAAACCCCGUCCAAUCACCGCCCACUCUCCUCCUCCGCCGCCGCCGCCGUGUCGCCCCGGUAGAAUCGGUUCGUCGCCGUCAAUUCAUGAUUCCAUGGAAUCAUUGACCCUCAGGAAUGGGAAUGGGAAUGAUUGGUAUAAUGGGUGUUGGCGGGGCAAUUCAAAGAGGGGUUGGAGGAAGAAUAACGGGAAGAACUCGCCGUCACUGUCGCCGUCGUCUUCGUCGUCGUCGUCGAAGCAGAAUCGGGGGAGGGCGGCGACGGGGAAACCAUGGAGGAAAUCUCACGUGGGUGAGGGUGGAAACGAGAAGGAUCCUCGUUUCAUGAUAAAUGAAGAAGAGAUAAUUAAGGAAUCAGAUUGCAGGGAUAGCAGAACCACUGUCAUGAUCAAGAACAUACCCAACAAGUACAGUCAGAAGCUCCUGCUGAACAUGCUGGACAACCACUGCAUUCACUGUAACGAGCAGAUUGCCCCCGCCGAUCACCACCCCACUUCCUCCUACGAUUUCGUCUAUCUCCCAAUUGAUUUCGUAAACAAGUGCAACGUGGGAUAUGGUUUCGUGAACAUGACUUCUCCAGAAGCAGCAUGGAGGCUGUACAAGGCGUUUCAUCUUCAAACCUGGGAGGCCUUCAACUCCAGGAAGAUCUGCGAAGUAACCUACGCGAGAAUUCAGGGAAUAGAGGCACUGAAAGAGCAUUUCAAGAACUCGAGGUUCCCGUGCCAGGCGGAGGAGUACAUGCCGGUGGUGUUCUCGCCGCCGCGGGACGGCCGGACGCUGACGGUGCCGCAGCCCAUCUUCGGCCGCGGCGAAAACCCUCCUCCGCCUCCGGUGGCCGAUGAUGGGGGCGCAGGAAUUAAUGCUGGCGGUGGCUGCGGCGGCGGCGAUGGUGGAGACUUUGAGGAUGGUAAUGAUGAGGACGAUGGGAAUUGAAUUUAAAAAAAAAUAAAUAACGGUGGGCGAAGUUUUCAUGGUUGACAUUCGUCGAAGAAUCAAGAUUUACUUGAUUCUACGGCGACUAUAAAAAAGAUUUCAGAGAUCUUCUGGUCUUCUCUCACCUCAUCAAUGCCAUUUCUUUCUUUUCUCCAUGGUUGACGGUAGGUUUACUUUCUGUCACUUCAAACUCAAAAAUAGCUAUGGUUUUGCUGUAUCCACUACCCCCCAUAACCUAUAUGACGUUGUAUUAUGGUAGCAGACUAGCAGUAGUGGAAAUGCAAAACGGUGGAGUCUUGACUAGACUAGUUCCUAU